AUAUUGCGGAAAAGGAGAGAUAAAUUAGGUGGAAAAGUGAAAGUCGGUGGGGACGAUAAGCUUUUCAUUUAACACAAAAAAAAAAAAAACACGUACUAGUCAACUCACCGAUUCCAUUACGAGUCAAGGAGAAACACUCACAUUGACUCGCUCGAGCCUUUUUUUUUUUAGACCAAGUUGGUUUUUUAAAAAAAAAAAUUUGGUUGGGUCACUCAGGUCAGGCUUAAACCAGAGAGAGAGAGAGAGAGUGUUGUGCCAUUUGACCAAAAGCAAAACUUAAAAACUGGUUUCAGAUCUGGAAAAAAGGGGUCUUGCUUCGGAUUCUCCGGCGUCGUUUAAUGAUCUGUGACCCAUCUUCGCUAAUAGUUCUGGUCCCUCCUUUUUAUCUCAUUUGCUUAUUUCCUUCACUGUUGAUUAUCUGAAUAUGCCACGCUCUUCCUUCCACAUGUUUAUUAUCUCAACCUUUGUUCUACACAAUCGUCUGGACUAAAGAAAGCCAACAACAAAAUCUGGUUUCAAGACGGUUGGCUGGAGUUUGUCAACCGUUCCUCCAUACAGAUUGGGUUUCCUUUUGAUUUUCAGAUACAAAGUUACCUUAUACAUUUUCAAUCUAUCAUCCACACUCUGAGAUCAACUACCAUUCUAGCUUAUGGAAAUGGAUUCCGCACAGAAUCAGUUUAACAAACGUGCUCGAUUGUUUGAAGACUCUCAAGACAAAGAUGCUAAGGUCAUUUAUCCAUCGAAUCCUGAAUCUACUGAACCGGUGAAUAAAGGUUAUGGCGGUUCUACAGCCAUCCAAAGCUUUUUCAAAGAAUCUAAAGCUGAAGAAACGCCGAAGGUACUUAAGAAGAGAGGAAGGAAGAAGAAGAAUCCUAAUCCUGAGGAAGUAAACUCUUCAACUCCGGGUGGAGAUGACUCAGAGAACCGCUCAAAGUUCUACGAGAGUGCUUCUGCUAGAAAGAGAACUGUAACCGCAGAGGAAAGAGAGAGAGCUGUCAAUGCAGCCAAAACAUUCGAACCAACCAAUCCUUACUUUAGAGUUGUUCUGCGACCAUCUUAUCUAUACCGAGGCUGCAUCAUGUACUUGCCAUCUGGGUUUGCUGAGAAGUACCUAAGCGGGAUAUCUGGUUUCAUCAAGCUCCAGCUCGGUGAGAAACAAUGGCCAGUGAGGUGCCUCUACAAAGCAGGGAGAGCUAAGUUUAGCCAAGGAUGGUAUGAGUUCACACUCGAGAACAAUAUAGGCGAAGGAGAUGUAUGUGUGUUUGAGCUACUCAGAACUCGGGAUUUCAUUCUGAAAGUCACCGCCUUUCGCGUCAAUGAAUAUGUGUGACCAAAAAGCGCUUUCAUUAGCGAUCUUGCAGGUAGCUUUCCAAAGUUAAAUUUCAUGUAGGGUCUCUUAACCAUUCUCUUUCUUGCAUUGGUUCUCUCUGUUUUAGUAGUGUUUUGAGUGAAAUUUCAGGUUCCUAUGUUUCGAUGUGGAUAAGUAUUUGAUGAUUAUAAUAACCUCUGAGUGGGAAACUCUUUGUUUGAGUGGUAGUUAGGUUCAAAAGUAGAGUUGUAUAUACUUUAUCUUCAUCAGGAUAAUUAUGUUUAUGUGAAUUGUUGAUUAUUAUUGGUUUGUGUGUUGAUCCGAAUUUC